GGAAUAUGGAUACUCUUUCCAUCUCCUACUUACUACAUCAGCAUCGUCUUAAGAAUGGUAUAGAGUCCAUCAACGUUAAAAGACUAUUUAUAAUGACAAAAUCAUAGUACGUUCAAAGAAAGCGUGGUCGGGAAUGGGAGGGUGGUUAUAAUGUAGUGCUGCCAGUGCCACCCACACACCCAUACACACAUUCCUCAUUCCUCAUACACUGCAUCAUUGCCCCCUUCAAAACUCCAUUAUUUUUCCCUUCCAAACUCUUUAACUUUCAUCAUUUUAUCUCUCUCUCUCUUCAUCACCCAUUUCUGCAUUCUCUGUCUCUCCAUCAUCAUCAUUCCCCUUAAUCUUCUGUCACUUCUCUUCAUUAACAACAAAACACCCCAAACCCAUCAUCAUUCAUUCCUCUAAUCCAACUUUUAACACACAACCACAAACAUGUCUCUGAUGUUGCUCUGUUUUUGGCACUUCACACAUAAUCCCCACCUUAAUCCCACAACGGAUUCAUUAAUCUUAAUAAUUGCUAACUUGUACGAUAAACUGAGAGCGUCUAGUUUUGUAGCCUAUGAUUGUUAUGUCCCAAGCCUCGGAAGUUGUCUGGAACUGCAUUCGAAAUCCCAGUUCCCUUGUUGGCCGAUUCCAAGCAAUUUCUCAUCAUCUUGUCUCAAUCUGCAUCAUUAAUCCAUUACAAGUGAACCCCAAAAAACCCAAGUAAUUUUCAUUCUAUGUCUUGUUCAAGCUCUAAUCAAUAUGACUAAUCCACCACCCAGAUGGCAAAUUUUCAAAUUAGAGACAGAUAGAACAGAGAUGCUCUGUUUUGAAACAUUUCAAAAGCAGAAAUUUCUUCACUCCAUCAUUAUGAUUUCAAUCAUGACUCUUUGUUGCCUCACUAGCAUGCUUCUCCUUCUCUACCCUUUCCCAUUCCCUUAUAAAUCCCAUCCAAUCCUGUACUUUUAGUACUGCAAUUCAUUCUUCAAACUCUUUUCCUCUGUUUUCCAUUUUCUUCUUCUUCUGCUUCAAUGGCGGUUUCUGGGUUUGAAGGCUUUGAAAAGCGCCUAGAGCUUCAUUUCUCCGGUGAGGACCCGAUCAUCCACAUGGGUCUCCGGCAAAUGGACUCCGAUUCCCUCGAACAAAUCCUCCGCUCCGUCGGCUGCUCCAUCGUCGCCUCCGUUGGCAACCACUUCUUCGACGCCUACGUUUUGUCCGAAUCGAGCCUCUUCAUCUACCCAACAAAAAUCAUCAUCAAAACUUGUGGAACCACUCAGCUCCUGAAUUCAAUCUUCCCCUUCCUCCACCACGCCCGCAAUCUCGGCCUCUCCCUCUGUUCCUGCCGUUACAGCAGAGGAAAUUUUAUUUUCCCCAAAUCCCAGCCAUUUCCCCACUCCAGUUUCAAAGAAGAACUCCUAUUCUUAGAACAAUCCCUCCCCCAAAAUCUCUGGUACCGGAAAGCCGCCGUCAUGCCCUCACAUCUCCCCUCCCAUUCUUGGCACGUGUUCUCCGCCGCCGCCGACCCCCAAUUUCUCCUCCCCAACUCCGAAUUUCUCUUCACCGUUGAAAUCUGUAUGACCGAGCUCGACCGGAUUCUCGCCCGGAAAUUCUUCUUUAGGCCCGGCGACGGGAAGACCGGGAAUUCAGUUGGGAAGGAGAUGACCCAUGUGACCGGAAUUGGGAAUAUUAAUCCGAGUGGUUUGAUUUGUGAAUUUGCGUUUUUUCCUUGUGGGUACUCGAUGAAUGGGAUCGACGGCGACCGGUAUUCGACGAUUCAUGUGACGCCGGAGGAUGGGUUUAGUUACACAAGCUUUGAGUGUGUCGGGUCGGUUUAUGAUGACCCGGAUGAUCUGGCACGGAAGUUGAAGAAGGUGGUGCAGAUUUUUCGGCCGGCGGCGAUGUCAGUGGCGACCACCGGCGCCGGCCACGACGUCUGGACGCGCGUCGCCGGCGCGCUCGAGGCGCUUGGGAUGAAAUGCCGGAGUUGCGCCGUGGACGAGUUUCCGGCCGCUGGAAGUAUAGUGUACCAGACGUUCACGGCUCGCCGGAAAUAGGAAUUCGGAACUAAAUUAUAGGAAUCAGGCAGACGUGGAAGAUGAUGUGUUGAACGAACAUCUGAGUUUGACUUACGUGGAAAAUGUGAUGACGUGGUAGUACCAAAAAGUAGGAGAGUGGGCCCAGUGGGAUCUGAUAUGCAUGAUCGUGAUCACAAUGGACGGCUGGAUGACGCCUAAAAUUUUGCAGGUGUACGGGAGAGAGAGGAGGUCCCCAUAUUUAGCUUACGUGAAAUUUCUUCCUCAUUUUUUUUUGUAAUGUUAUUUUUAGUCUUUUUUUCCUCCCUCUGGCCUCUUUGUCUAUUACUAUUUAUCACCUUAUUUUAGAUUG